UUCUAUUAAUUCUCGCCUCGUAUUUAUACGGCUGGUAUGUGGCGAUGCAGUAUCUGCAAUAUGUGGCUUUGGGUUGGUUUUUAUUUGACAUCGGCUGUGGUGACAGCUCAGAAUACCGUUCUUUCUAUUAAAGAAAACAAAUUGCCAAAUAAUACCAAAUGUGAUGAGGUGUUACUUAAACUCUGGACGAUAUUUGCUAACCAGUUAUAUAAAGAUGGAGGUGCUGUUGUAGUCCCAAGUCAAGAUCAUAUUAUAUACGCCUUAACAUUGAUCAAGAAAUCUAUAUUAGAUAAAGAAGACGGUGAAAAUGGAGAUCUUAAAGAAAAAUUGUUUCUUCGUGAAGCAGAACUAGCGAAAUAUAAAGGAGUUUACUUAUUCGAUAAUCGGCCUUUACAAUCUUUGCUUGAUCAAAAAUUGAUUACGAAUGAGAAUCAAAAUGUUGGAGUCCAAAGGUCGCAGUAUGAGCUCAACAAUCCUGCAUAUACUAAUCAAUUAAUUGGGUUUAAUCCUAUUGUGAAAGAUACUAGCAGAAAUCGCGAUGAAAACUUUCCCAAUACGAAAGGUCAGGAGGAUACGAUUGAUUCAAAUAAAUUACUUCACGCAGUUCAACUCUCGAAGGAGACAAAUCAUCUUCUUGGGAACGAUUAUACAGGUGAUUUAGAUCAUGCAAGGGGGGUUGCUUAUAAAAUGAACAAAUUAUAUGAAUCAAGCAAUGAGUAUAAAUAUAGUUUAAACUCCCAGCAACCACUUCGUAAUCUAAAUGAGAAUUAUGUAGCUGCUAGCGUAGGAGUAGUGGAUACUCCAUGGGUGUCAUCUUUUUAUUCUAAGCCAGCUAUCGUGCAAGCAAGUUAUGUGGCACAAAGUCACUCACAUACAAAUAAAAUCAAUCAAGAUCGCGACAUAAGCCAGCCAAUUACUUUGUAUAAUAUACCAACACAAGGCAUGCACAAUAACGGUGCUAACCAAUCCUAUACAUUAAUCACAAAUGCAGUUCAAUCGAAUGCAAAUGGAUUUAAAAACAAAGAAUAUACAAAUCAAUUUAACACAUUUGUCAAUGCUAAAUACCACCCCAAUCCUGCUGAUUAUGGUGAAGCAACGAAAGAAGUAUUACCAAAUAUAGCCGGAAUUCCCGAAGAUAUAAAAAGUCCAGAGGAUAAGUUUUUAGUUAGGGCGAGAUACAUCCAACCGGAUGAAUCAGGCAAUGACAAUUCAAACUCUGUAGAUAUUAUUAAUUUGGUUAGGGAUGCAGAACCGAACAAUGCAAAUGUUGAGAAUCCAGUUAACAAUGUAGAAAGUAAUGACCAUAUGCCAUUGCAAGGUGUGUAA